GUUUGCCUUGCUUUAAAAAGAAAAACGCGGGGGGGUUUUGGCACUGAUGGUUGUUCUGAUGGGUUGGUUUCUCUACCUCCUCAACUUGAGAAGAAAACAGUGGCAACAAGACAGUUUGACUCGUUUGACGUUUUGGGAUGUAUAAUUAGCUUGCAUGUCCACGACUAAAACUGACCAACUCCAAAGUCCAAAGGAAAUGAUGUGGUCAGUUUUGAAGGCUCUUUGCCACUCACACGUUGGCCCGCGCUUUUGAUCUUGUGGCUCGAGAUGUCUUCGGCCGUCAGCUACAAAGUAGCCGAUGGCGAUCGACAGCUCAAAGUUCCUACAACUUCCUCCGAAGGGGACUGAUGCACCUGCGGUGCUCUUCAGGAACUCCUAUCAGACCGGCGUCUUCUCCAUUUUCUACGCCAUUGGCCGGCAUCCCUUGUACCUGUGGCGUGCUCAGGUGCGGAAUGGCCACAUCCGCCGCUUGACAGACGAGCACAUCGGCUCAGCGGCCUUGGAGGUGGCGGGCAACAACGUGAGCACCUGCCAGGUCACUUGUCCCGAACAAGACCGACAGACUUUAGGUGUGAAGCUUCCUUUCUUGGUGCUUUUGGUGAAGAACCUCAACAAGUACUUUGCCUUCGAGGUGGAGGUGUUGGACGACCAAGGCCAAAAGCGCCGCUUCAAGGCUUCGAACUUUCACAGUGGCACCAAGGUGGGGCCCUUUAACUGUUCGAUGCCUUUGCAGUUGGAGCCUGGUUGGAACCAGGUGAUGUUCAACCUGGCUGACUUCACGAAGCGAGCCUUCAACAGCAAUUACGUGGAGACCACCCGCAUGACAAUCCAUGCCAACUGCCGAUUGCGGCGGAUAUUCUUUAUGGACCGUCUCUAUGACGUAGAGGACGGAGAAAAACAAGCUGUGUUCUUUUGGUUGCUGUAG